GCAAUAGGAAGACCUCCAGAAGCUCCCCGCGCAGCGCGGAUGUGUUUGCGGCCUGUGAGAGUAGGCGCUUCGGCACUAGUCUCCCGGUUAGCGGCGCGCAGAAAUCUCGAGCUGGUGGAACUCCCUCAUAACUUGGAGCCCGGAAGGCCGCGAAGGCAGUACAAUUUCUUCAGCGGCGGGCCUCGAAAACCAGUGGGCCCAGUAGGAGCCCGUGGAGGCCGGACCUACUGCCAAGCCUUCCUCCUUGCAUUGUCGUCCACUUUCCCUUUCCUUUCCACGGCUCGCCACAGAGAGGCCUCGGCCCAUUCUGGGCUCCACGUUUGCCACAGAACGCUCGGUCGGCCCCUGGGGAGCCCUUCCCUGAGGCCCCUUUCUAACGUGAGCCUGCGGAAGCCCUGCGACCGCUGCGGUAAGAAUGUCAUUCCCUCCUCAUUUGAAUCGCCCUCCCAUGGGAAUCCCAGCACUCCCACCAGGGAUCCCACCCCCACAGUUUCCUGGCUUUCCACCACCUGUACCUCCAGGGACUCCAAUGAUUCCUGUACCAAUGAGCAUUAUGGCUCCAGCUCCAACUGUCUUAGUACCGACUGUGUCCAUGGUUGGAAAACAUUUGGGAGCACGGAAGGAUCAUCCAGGCUUGAAGGCUAAAGAAAAUGAUGAAAACUGUGGUCCCACUACUACAGUUUUUGUUGGCAACAUUUCUGAAAAAGCCUCAGACAUGCUUAUAAGACAGCUCCUUGCUAAAUGUGGCUUGGUUUUGAGCUGGAAGAGAGUACAAGGCGCGUCUGGAAAACUUCAAGCCUUUGGAUUCUGUGAGUAUAAGGAGCCUGAAUCAACCCUCCGUGCUCUCAGGUUAUUGCAUGACCUGCAGAUUGGAGAGAAGAAGCUACUUGUUAAAGUUGAUGCAAAGACAAAGGCACAACUGGAUGAAUGGAAAGCAAAGAAGAAAGCUUCUAAUGGGAAUGCCAGGCCAGAAACUGUCACUAAUGAUGACGAAGAAGCCUUAGAUGAAGAAACAAAGAGAAGAGAUCAGAUGAUCAAAGGGGCCAUUGAAGUUUUAAUACGGGAAUACUCCAGUGAGCUCAAUGCCCCCUCGCAAGAAUCUGACUCUCACCCCAGGAAGAAGAAGAAGGAAAAGAAGGAGGACAUUUUUCGCAGAUUUCCAGUGGCCCCACUGAUCCCUUAUCCACUCAUCACUAAGGAGGAUAUAAAUGCUAUAGAAAUGGAAGAAGACAAAAGAGACCUGAUAUCCCGAGAGAUCAGCAAAUUCAGAGACACACACAAGAAACUGGAAGAAGAGAAAGGCAAAAAGGAAAAAGAAAGACAGGAAAUUGAGAAAGAACGGAGAGAAAGAGAGAGGGAGCGUGAAAGGGAACGAGAAAGGCGAGAACGGGAACGAGAAAGGGAAAGAGAACGUGAACGAGAAAAGGAGAAGGAACGGGAGCGGGAACGAGAACGGGAUAGGGAUCGUGACCGGACAAAAGAGAGAGAUCGAGAUCGGGAUCGAGAGAGAGAUCGGGACCGUGAUCGAGAAAGGAGUUCAGAUCGGAAUAAGGAUCGCAGUCGAUCAAGAGAAAAGAGCAGAGAUCGUGAAAGGGAACGGGAGAGGGAAAGAGAGAGAGAGAGAGAACGGGAACGAGAAAGAGAACGAGAGCGAGAGAGAGAGCGAGAAAGGGAACGGGAGCGCGAGAGAGAAAAAGACAAGAAGCGGGACAGAGAAGAGGAUGAGGAAGAUGCAUAUGAACGAAGAAAACUUGAAAGAAAGCUCCGAGAGAAAGAGGCUGCUUAUCAAGAGCGCCUUAAGAAUUGGGAAAUCAGAGAACGAAAGAAAACCCGGGAGUAUGAGAAAGAGGCUGAAAGAGAAGAAGAAAGAAGAAGAGAAAUGGCAAAAGAAGCUAAACGACUAAAAGAAUUCUUAGAAGAUUAUGAUGAUGAUAGAGAUGAUCCCAAAUAUUACAGAGGAAGCGCUCUUCAGAAAAGGUUGCGUGAUAGGGAAAAGGAAAUGGAAGCAGAUGAACGGGAUAGGAAGAGAGAGAAGGAAGAGCUAGAGGAAAUCAGGCAGCGCCUUUUGGCAGAAGGGCACCCGGAUCCAGAUGCAGAGCUCCAGAGGAUGGAACAAGAGGCUGAGAGGCGCAGACAACCACAAAUAAAGCAAGAACCAGAAUCAGAGGAAGAGGAAGAAGAAAAGCAAGAAAAAGAAGAAAAACGAGAGGAACCCAUGGAGGAGGAAGAAGAGCCAGAGCAAAAGCCCUGUCUCAAACCGACUCUGAGGCCCAUCAGUUCUGCCCCAUCUGUUUCCUCUGCCAGUGGCAAUGCAACUCCCAACACUCCUGGAGAUGAGUCUCCCUGUGGUAUUAUUAUUCCUCAUGAAAAUUCACCAGAUCAACAACAACCUGAGGAGCAUAGGCCAAAAAUAGGACUGAGUCUUAAACUGGGUGCUUCCAAUAGUCCUGGUCAGCCUAAUUCUGUGAAGAGAAAGAAACUCCCUGUAGAUAGUGUCUUUAACAAAUUUGAGGAUGAAGACAGUGAUGAUGUACCCCGAAAAAGGAAACUGGUUCCCUUGGAUUAUGGUGAAGAUGAUAAAAAUGCUGCCAAAGGCACUGUGAACACUGAAGAAAAGCGCAAACACAUUAAGAGUCUCAUUGAAAAAAUCCCUACAGCCAAACCUGAGCUCUUUGCUUAUCCCCUGGAUUGGUCUAUUGUGGAUUCUAUAUUGAUGGAACGACGAAUUAGACCAUGGAUUAAUAAAAAAAUCAUAGAAUACAUAGGUGAAGAAGAAGCUACAUUAGUUGAUUUUGUUUGUUCUAAGGUUAUGGCUCAUAGUUCACCUCAGAGCAUUUUAGAUGAUGUUGCCAUGGUACUUGAUGAAGAAGCAGAAGUUUUUAUAGUCAAGAUGUGGAGAUUAUUGAUAUAUGAAACAGAAGCCAAGAAAAUUGGUCUUGUGAAGUAAAAUUCUUUUUACAUUUAGAGUUCCAUUUCAGAUUUCUUCUUUCCCACCCUUCACAGGACUUUAAUUUUUUUUUUUUUUUGUCUUCAAAGACGUUUGUGAGAUCUGUAAUUUUUUUUUAAUGUAGAAAAUGUGAAUUUUUUUUGUCCUCUAAUUUGUUAAUGCCAUGUGUACUCCCUUGGUUGUAAAGACAUCUGAAUCCUACCAUGGUUCUCUUUAUACUCACCAGGUACAAAUUACUGGUAUGUUUUAUAAGCCGCAGCUACUGUACACAGCCUAUCUGAUAUAAUUUUGUUCUGCUGAUUUGUUCCUUGUAAAUAUUAAAAUGACUCGCCAAUUCUUUUGCAGAAUUGCACUUAAUAUUGAACUGUACUGUAUAGGCACCAACAUGAACAAUUUUAAAUUGAAAGAAUACCAGUCAUACCUAUUACCCUUACCCCCUUGAUCAAAAAUGGCAGGCCCUCAUGAUGGCAUGGAAUUUAAAAUUAGAGUGCGAAAAGGUAGCAGACAAUCCAUUCCUACUGUAUCUCUGUAUGAAUGUGUUUGUGUGAAUGUAUGUAUAAAGUCUUACUUUUCCCUAAUUUGCUUUGGAAGUUUCCCUGAAACAUUUCCUAGUUGAAGACUAGAAUUGUAAAGGAAACAUGGUAUUGUGCCAACCCAAAUGUCUGGGAUAAUUAGAUUAUUAGUCUCCCGGAGUAUAGUAUUCUCUUGUGGCAAGCAACAGUUUGUUGAACGGAAUGGGUUUUUCUGUUGAAAGCUGGCUGCGUCAGCCUCUCUUUUAAGGGAGUGUGAGUCAUAGUGGUUUUCCCCCCUGAUUUCAUUGUUCAGGUAUGAGGCAGAUCCUUAGAUUCUGGAGAGCUUUAUUUAAUGCAUUUUUUGCACUAAUUGGCCCUUAGUUUAAUUUUGUACCCCUUUGUUUAAAAAAAAAAAGCUUCAUUCAAAAAGCUUAAGUGAAAAAAAUCUUUUUUAAAAAUAAGCAAAAUAAAAAAUUAGGCAAUUUUACAGACUAGGAAUGUUUGACAAAAUACAAUAGGAAUUUAUCAUGGCAAUUUACAAAGUUUACAUCUUAUUUCUGAGGAUAAAGUAAAUCAUUUAAAGCAGUUACCACUAGUUUUUUGUUUUGUAAAGGGUUUCUAUCUUGUGUGUGUAUAUGUAGGCACACACCUUGUUUACCUCUGCUCAUCAAAGUUUAAAAACGUACUGAUGGUGUUCUUAGAGACAUACAUGGGGCUUUCUUUAUGGUAGAUCAGAAAUCACCAGGGAGCAAAAUUACCUGAAAAUGUAACAAGUUUUAAAUAGUUCUUAACAGAAAUUAGGUGCAGCUAUUCCUGUGUCUGAGUAUUUAUUUUUUAAAAAGAUUGGGUGGGGGAGGGGGUGUUAAAAAACAUAAAAAGCAUAAACUGAGCUUGAGUUACUAGAUUUUUUUUAAUCUUAAGAGGACAUUUGAAAACACUGUUCUUAACAUUGGACCAUGACAUGGUUCCAUUAUGUAAAUAUUUCAAAUAUUAAAAAUGUAUAUAUUUGAUCUUGGGGACUCAUUCUUUCAGAGUCUUGUUAAAUAAAUGGCAUCAUGUUGUAAUUAUGCGGUGCAUACUAGAAACUUAACUUGAAAAUAUGGGCUGAAUUUUUGACGGACUCAGUUUUUGAGUAUUAGUAACUAAAGGUCAAAGAGGCCGUUUGCCUUAUUUUCGAUUAAUCUAGACAUCUGUGGAGAUAUUCCCCCCUUUAGUGUUAUAAUAUUUUAAAUUGUGGUUUCUGAAGGGAAAAUUUUAGAAACAUGCUCCUUACCAUUUACAAAUUCUUUUACUAGCCUUUUCUCAGAUUGACCCCCAGCGUGACUCCCUGUUCAAGCAGUUUAUUAUGCCUCUCUAUCUUUUACCAUAUUAUUGCUUCUAAGGCAUCAUAUUAGGUUGUUUUUAUUUAGCCAGCAUUAGCAUGGAAGUUUAUUCAGGUAGAUUUAAUUUUCCUUGCUUGGGUCUCUUCUGCUCUUUCAAUUACAUUUACCUUAAAAGGGCCCUUGUGUGAAACCCUUGGGGGCACAUACCAUAUACUGCGUAACACUUCCAGUGAGAUUUGUGUCAGGAUCCCAAAUUUAUACGUUAACACUUUUGCAGCAAAACAGGAAUGAUCACAGUCAGUGGGUUAAAAGACCUACUACAUUUACUACAUUAACACUUUAAUGUCAGUUCAAGUCAGAUUUUGCCACAAAGGUUAAACUUCAAGGUUUUCAGAGUUCUUAUUUUUCAGGUUUGUAUAUAAAGAACUGGACAUGUAUAAGCUGACAUAUUGUAGUGUCAGGAAGAAUACACAUAAGAAAAUUUUUACUAAAUUGCUUGAACUUUCUGGGUUGUCUUUACCAUUUGUCCAUAGGUUAAUUUCAACUUGGAAACCUUAGUUUAAUCCAUAUUGCCCAUUCAGGUUGUUAUAAAAUUAGAUGAAAGUCUUGACAACCAUUCUUGAUGUGGCAGUUAGGAGGAAACCAAUGUGCUUUUUCCUCAUUUGACCCUGUAAAUAAAAUAAUUUUAAAUGUGUAUAUCUGUGUACAGGAAGAAAAUGGUUUUUCUCAAACUUUAACAUGCAGCUGAAUCACCUGGGGGGAUCUUGUUAAAAUGCAGACUUAGGGCUAGAGUGGGCCUGAGAGUUUGCCUUUCUCACCAGCUACCACAUGUUGCCAGUGCUAAGUGAUCCAAGAACUGCUUUGAUUAGAACAUUAAAGUGUCUACUCAGUACUAGUAUUUUAUCCUAAUAGAUUGCACUAAUGCAGCUUAAUUUUCUUUUUAAGUUCAUUUUAAGGAGAAAAACAUUUUUUGAGGCAAAUAAAGAGGUAGGUAUUAUUUAUAUUUAUGAACAUGAAGUAGUCUUCCAAAAAGGUUGCCUGAGAACAACUCCAAUAUUCUAGGCUUUAUUCCCAGCCAGCCCCAGCACAUUUUCUCCUGAGAGAAGUUUAUGUUGUUACUCACUCUGAAUCUUAUCAUAGCACUUCCUGAUAUGUAAUAGUAGAGGCCGAUGAUUAUUUUGUGGAGAGUGCAGUUUCAGGUACUAAUCAGGCAUGGAUACUAGAUAUGGUGGACAAACUGAGAAAACAAUGAGUUCAAGAGUCAAAUUGUACUAAACAUUAUUAACAUUUUUUUCUCCUUUAAUAUGAAGAAAAAAAUUUAAUGCAAAUAAAUGUAAGCAGGUAUACAAUGUGUAUAUGAGGCUUAUUUACCCAGCUCUUUCAAAUAAGUUCUAUGAAUGUUUCCACUUUCUACCCAAAAACUGCUGAAAGGUUUUAUGUCAAAGUGGUUAACACAUUUUUCCAAGUCAUAUUUCAGCCUUCUAUUAAUAUGAAAUUGAGAAAUUGUUUUGCUUAGCAAAAGAUGGUGAAAUUGAUUUGUGAAUACCAGUAGCUAAAGAAAGGUAUUAGAAGGAAUCUCAAACAGGCAAAGAAAUAGGCAGUCUAAGUGUCGGGAAGAAAACUAGGGAAAUUCACACGUGUAUAUUUUAAACCCAGGAAUUAUUACUAUUAUAUUCAUACUAUAGACCAAGGUGAGCUUAUAAUAUUUGAUAAACUGGUAGAUUUUUCGAAAUGUGAUUAUGUUAAAUUAUUGAAAUAUUGUUUAUUUGCAUUUGAAUGCUUAAUUUUCAUCUUUAUUUAAAAGAUUCUUUGCCUUUCAUUUUAUUACUUGACUCAUACGAAGGCUAAAUUAGGAUUGGCAAUCUGAAAUGCCCAGGAAGAAAAGAUAAUUUCUAUAAACAAAAAUGAAUAAAAAUUUUUUUCAAGCCA